CACACAUUAUUCCAUAAUGAAUGCUUGUUAGCCUCUGUUUGUACCUGGAACACAUUUUUCUCCUUCCCCUUAUACACAGUUUGGCCUAUAAACAUUUUAAAUUUGCAUACAGAAAGCAAGGACUGGCCAUAAAAAACAUGGACAUCUGCAGAUUAGCAAAAUUUGGUAUUUCUGCAUUGUGGCCUGUAGGGAGCGCUGCUGAAUAAUGUCAGUUUAGGAAGUUGAGCGCUGAGAUGGAAUACUGUACUGAUUUCCAAAAAUAAUGAAAAAAAAACUUGUUGCAAAAAUUUUUGUAUUAUGGAUGUUCCUUGGGGUGAGCAAAUUACUACAACAAACCUAAACCCAUUUCAAUCAAGAUAGUUACUGAGUUACUGAUGAGUAAUACACUGGAUUCAAACUCUUAACAUUCCUUCCUUUCCCCUAGUCAUUACCAAGAUACUAUUGAAUUACUGAAAGCUGAUUGCACUGAUAAUGGUGAAAAGUGGAGCCUAGUAUUUGAGGAAAAAGUUUUCAAACAAAUGUGUCAGUUCCAUGUUCACCCCAAAUGGAUUUGUUCUAUGGAAGCUUACUACAAAUCGGAGCAUACACAUAUUUUUAUCUCUGUUCUCUCUUAGCCCUGUACCAAAACUUCCUUUCUUUCCUGCUACCCCAGUUCUUUUUGAUUUAGAUUUAGACAUUAUAUAAUAAAUUAGCCUACCAACAAUAACUGGCAACUCUGCAUGGAUAGCUUUGAUCAGAGGAAAAUUUGUCAACCUAGUAUACCUUUUUUUCCCCUCCAACAGUAUCACUUUGUCAAAUAUCCAGUCUGCUCUUCUGGAAUAUGAUUGACAGGUUAAGCAUUUUGAUCAUUUUGGAAGACAUGGUUAAAUUGAAAUUACAUAUUCCUGUAAUUGAUUGAUCACUAUAUUAAAUCUGAAUCCAAAGUACAUUUAUUUUUGAAGUUCCACAGAAUUCAGUGGGAUGCAUGGAAAAUAUAUGUGAAACUUAAGAACCAACACACUUUUAGAAGGAAAGCUAAUUCCUACCAACAUGCUUCAAAUGAAUAUUCUAUAAAACGGCAUUUUUCCCCAUGUUUUAAAUUCCACCUUUGGGUUCAAAGGUGGUGAAUGGCAAAAUCCCUUUACUGUUAAGAGCUGGUAUUGAUUUUCUGCAUUGGGACUUCUGCCAAUUUUAUUGGGGAAAUUACAAAAUUUGAAGAGAGAACUGCCAUUAUUUUACAAUGGCAAUGUUUGUUGCCUGUUUUAUGUAUGGCAGCCCUUUAAAAAACAUGUAUGAAUAUAGAUGGUUUGGGGUGUAAUAGAAUUAUCUGAAGUGAUGUUUCCUUUUAAUAAAAUAUAUCACUACUUCCAGACAUUUCACAGGCUGAUUCUGAAUGUCAGCCUUAGUGAAUAAUCAGUUCUGUCCAAAUACAAUGUUGUAUGUUAAACAGUGUUGUAUCUUCUCGGGCUUCCUUUUAAAAUUUAAUUUAAAAUAGUAUUUCCCCCAAAGUUUUAACUGUCUUAACAUUCUUGAAUAUAAAUUGAAUAAAGACACUUGUAUCAGUCAAGAAUGGAGGUGCAUAAAACAGUUCAAAUUUGAAAUUCCUCGUUUCAAUCAUUUUGGAACCAUUUUAAGUUCAAGGUUAUUUUGGUAGUUCUUAGUGAAUUCUAACUUCAUGUAAAAACUGUCAAGAUCUGAACAUUCUUCGGGCUUAAUUAAAAUUGUCCAGGAAUGUUAGCUAUAUUUUAGCAGUUGUAAGUCAUGCAUUCAUUGUAACAAAACAAUGUAUACCGAGUAAAUGUUAAUGAUAGUUGGUUGUGAUAUUCUCUCAUGCACACUUAAUAAUUUUGUUUGUACUAAAAUGAGAAUGGGAAAAGUUUGUGCCACUAAAUUUAUAAGAUACAUGAAGAAAUGCUAUUUCUGCAUCUUGAAAAGGAGUCUCUUCAUUCAUCAUUCAUGAUCUAGCAGGAGCAAGUAUAGGUAGCCUUCUACUUACAUUUCAUUUAGUGACCGUUCAAAGUUAUAAUGGCACUGCAAGUUUUUCACACUUAUGACCAUUGCAGUAACUCCAUGGGUCAGGUGACCAAAAUUCAGGUGCUUGGCAACUGACUCGCAUUUAUAACCAUUGCAGUAUCUCAGGGUCAUGUGAUCCCUUUUACAACCUUCUGACAAGUGAAGUCAAUGGGGCAGCCAGAUUCACUUUACAACAGUGUCACUAACUUAACUCCAGCGACUCAUUUAACAAAUGUGGCAAGAAAGAUUUGGGGAAGAUGUUGCUGUCCAGAUCCAGCGGAAAUGGUUUCUGUACCCUUCAGAGAACAUGCUGGUUAAGAGAGAUGCCUUGGAGAAACUGUCCUCCCACUUAUUGGGUGCGGCUCCCCUUCUGUGCCCAUAGCACUUGGAACAGUGCUGGCAGCAGGAGGCGCAGGCUGAUGGUAGCAGCGGGAGCAGGCCUGGGUGUGUGCAGCAUCUUGGCUUAUGGAAACCACCAUUGGCAGGCAGCCACGGCUGAGCCUCCAACGGCCACUACCUCAUUCCCUCGCUUCACCCGAGAAGAAGUGGCCCGCCAUCAUAAUGAAGCAAAUCGGGUGUGGGUGACUUACGGCAAUGAUGUUUUUGAUGUCACCAAUUUCUUAGAGCUUCACCCUGGCGGCAAAAGCAAGAUUCUUCUGGCAGCAGGCGGGGCUUUGGAACCCUUUUGGGCACUCUAUGCUAUGCAUAAACAAGAUCAUGUCCAAGAGAUCCUUCAAGAAUAUAAGAUAGGAGAGCUGAGCCCAGAAGAGCCUCCUCUGCCAAGCCCAGAUGACCCUUAUGCCAACGAUCCUCCGCGCCACCCUGCCCUCCGAGUCAAUACCCUCAAGCCCUACAAUGCAGAACCUCCGCCAGAGCUACUGGCAGAAUAUUUUUUGACCCCUAACCAGCUCUUCUUCAAGCGUAACCAUCUCCCAGUGCCAGUUGUGGACCCUGAAGCCUAUCGCCUGUGUAUUCAGAGUCCCUCUGGACAGACCCUGUCCUUCUCUUUGCAAGAUCUGAAGCAGAAUUUUCCAAAGUACGAGGUUACUGCCACCAUACAGUGUGCUGGCAAUCGCCGGGCAGAGUUAAACGCCGUCCAGAAUACCAACCGGCUCGGGUGGAACAUUGGGGCCAUUAGCAAUGCCUGUUGGGGUGGUGCCCGGCUUCGGGAUGUUCUAAUGCAAGCUGGGUAUCAACCAGGGUAUGACGGCCAUGUCUCCUUUGAGGGCCUGGACAAGGAUCAUAGUGGCACUGUAUAUGGAGCCUCUAUCCCUUUUCAGAAAGCCAUGAGUCCAGAUGUGGAUGUCCUCUUGGCAUAUGAGAUGAAUGGGGAGGAGCUGCCUCGAGACCAUGGGUUUCCUCUGAGAGUUAUUGUGCCAGGAGUGGUGGGGGCUCGUCAUGUAAAAUGGGUGGCUCGGAUUACAGUGGGGCCAGAGGAAAGCAAAAGCCACUGGCAGCAAAAGGAUUACAAAGGAUUUUCUUCUUCCGUAACCUGGGAGACAGUGGAUUUCUCCAAGGCACCUGCCAUUCAAGAGAUGCCCAUCCAGUCUGCCAUCACUGAGCCAUCUUCUAAGACAUCUGUCUCUCCUGGGGAGCUCAAGGUGAAGGGCUAUGCCUGGAGUGGUGGGGGGCAGAGGGUGAUCCGUGUAGAUGUCUCCCUGGAUGGUGGGAAAAACUGGCAAGAGGCAACGCUAACUGGUGAGGAACAGCUGCCUGGCCAAGCUUGGGCUUGGAAGCUUUGGCAGCUGGAUACUUUUGUGCCUCCUGGAACCAAGGAGUUGAACAUUGUCUGCAAGGCUGUGGACACCAGCUACAAUGUGCAACCUGAACGUGUGGAACCACUCUGGAACAUUUUGGGAGUCCUCAACAAUGCUUGGCAUCAGGUCCGUGUCCCCGUGGAAGAGGAGUGAGAGGCCUGACUGGGCCUAGAAGCAUUGAGGACUGCAUCUUGGCUUCUCUAAUUUUUUCUGCUGCUGCAGGGACAUUAGCCCCUGCUCCUGGAAGAAACCAAGAAGAAGAGCUGAGUCCUUGAACAGUGGUCUGGUUCUGGUCUUCUUUCCUCAUUCUCUGUGCAAUUCCUGUGAUUGUACAGUUUAGGGGCUAAGGCAGGGGUGGGAUGGGCAACUAUGGCCUUUUACGACCUGUGGACUUCAACUCCCAGAAUUCCUGAACCAGCCAUGCUGGUUUAGGAAUUCUGAGAAUUGAAGUCCACAGGUCGUAAAGAGGUUAUAGUCUAAGGUGUUUAUUUUCUUCUUCUAAGGGUGUGUUGGUCUCAGAAGUGUUGCUUGCUCUCCUUCACUUAACUUUCUCCUUAACGGAGUCCACUUUCCUCAGGAAUUUUGGAUUUGGACUUUUAUACUCUUUAGAAUUCUUUCAGUUGUCAAAGUUUACCAAAGCGUUUGCUGGCUGGAGAUCUUUUUUAGGGUACCCCUCCAAAGAUUUAUUAAUGGUUUUGGAGCGCUUGACUCUAAACUAAAUAACCCAUCUUUUUAGGAACAUAGGCCAUUUUAUUAGCUUGCUUUCUCCAUUCUGUGUGAUGCCAACUGUGGCCUUGCCGUAUUUAGUGCCUUCAGCUAUUUUAUGGGAGAACUUGAGGAGUCGAUAUUUUUCUCACAAAUAACGCUGAGGAGUAUCGGAAACUUAGCAUUUUCCUUUAAAGACCUGGGAGCCUUGCCCCACGUCAAGUCUGCCAAUCAGUUCUUGCUGCAUGAAUACACCACAGCAACUCUUGUAAACUAUUAUUCUGGGCAGGUUUUGUGGUCGCCUAGAAUCUGUAAUAUUGGCAUAAAAAAACCUGUUCUUCCCAAUUGCUUUGAUCUACUCUCAAGAAACACAGACUUGCUCAUGCCUGGCUUAGUGGUUUCCCCUCUGUAUUUCAAAUGUUGGUGAGUUGUAACCUUGGUCAGCAUGCCUUCAUUAAUUUUGUUGCUAUAAUUUUAUUUAUUUAGUAAACAACUUUAGACAGCUGUCCAACUCACACAGAGAUAACUCCAGAUGACUUAAUAAGAUUUUUAAAAACCCACCAUGUAACAAAACCCACCCCACCCCCAUGACAGCAACAAGACAAUCAAAUCAGCCAUUUGAUUGUCUCCAUCUUCCAUUCAUGGCUCCCAGGCCUCCUGACAAAGCCACAUUUUUAGGGUUUUUUGGAAAAGCGGCAGGCUGGGGACCACCCAUUCCUUUUGGGGAAUAAUGUUCCAUAAAGAAGGGACCACCAGUGAGAAGACCUUUUUUUGUGGUCCCACCAGAUAAUAAUCCUUAAUUGAUGAGACCUCUAACAUGCCCUGCCUUUCUGUUCUGGGUAUAAUUUCUUGGUUUGGUUAGUGCACCUCCAGAUUCUGCUGAAAUAAGAGCUGUUUCUAAUUUCUCAUUUUUACAUAAAAUAGAUUAGUUGUCCCAGGUAUAAAACUGAAUAGGAUUCUUGAGCCAUUGGCAGUCUGGGGAGAAGAGUAGAUUUCAUCAGCUGUUAUCCUCACUAGAAUUCUUUUCUUGUCUGGGGACCAACCCAUGUUCUUUAUUUGUAGAGAAAGGCCCGGACAUGCACUUUGAGAAACACUUUAAAUUAAGUCUCCUGAGCCAGCAGGUUUCACAGAGAGAAUGGAUCAAGAUGAGAGGCUGCUACAUAGGGGGAUCCUGUUUUACGAAAAACAGCAGGCAAGCAGGGGGGCUUUAGGCAGAAAAAGUUAACAUUUUCUUUGCAUAGCCUGAGCUUCACAGAGGGGCUCAUAUUGCCACACGAGUUGCUGCUCUUGGUGGUAGCAAAUAUUUAAUUUUUCUUCCAGGCCGUGCCGGGAUUCAUUUUCCUACAAAGAAAUCUUCUCUGUGCCAUCGUGACCAUGUUUCUAUCUUCCUAUCACCUUUCUUGAUACAGGUAGUCCUCGACUUACAACCAUUCAUUUAAUGACCGUUUGAACUUACAAUGGCACUAAAAAAAGUGACUUAUGACCAUUUUUCACACUUAUGACCGUUGCAGCAUUCCCAUGGUCAAAAUUCAGAUGGUUGGCAAUUGCUUCAUAUUUAUGAUGGUUGCAGUGUUCGAGGGUGAUGUGAUCAGCUUUUGCGACCUUCGGUCCUUCACCUGUCCGAAAUCCAAGAUACAAGGCUCAGUAUCUCAGCAUUGAGGAAGGGAAGGGAAGCUGUGGACCUUCCUAUAAGGUGCUAAACCCUAGUUUAACCAUGAGCUAAUAAGCCAUAAAUGGUGCUGUAUGACUCAUGAAGUUAUGAACCAUGUUUUAUAACUGGGUUCACAAAACAUUCUAGUUCAAACCAACCACACAACAGCUCAAGGUAUCAUUGGGCCGAGUUCCUUUUGGCUGCCCAACAUUGAAUUUUUGUUACAUUACUUUUUGUUCCCUUUCACUCAGGGCCAUCCUGUUUGAGAGCCGUAGAUCAAAACAGCUGGGGCGGGGGGGGGGAUCAGGCUUGCCCGCAGGGGGUCCUACAGAAGCUCUUCUGAUUGCUUUGUUGCUCUGGGCAUCAGUUCAAGACAGCAGCUACAUUGAUUCCUCCACGUUGAGUGAUGAGUUUGUCUGCAGUUCUCCUGCAUGUCAGCACUGCAGCACGGCUGUAUCAAUCCUCAAUGGUAGAGAAAAGGGUUAAUGGAGGGAGAGCAUUGCUGUGGACGUAUUGUCUUCCCAUUUUUAAUAGGCUAAAGCCAAAAAACAGAAUGAAAAAGUAUCAGAUGAAAGUUCUCUUAUAACACUUCCCAAGCUCUGGAAUUUAAUUUUGGUUAAAACAAACAAACAAAAAGAAAGCAUGCAUCCUCCCAUAAAAAGUGGUUUGUGUGCUUUUUUUACCCUUUUUUUUAAAAGAUACUAUUUGCUGCCCUCUAUUGGGAGUGGUAGGAAAUGGUUUUAUCUCAAUUAUUCUCUCCUCUUGUUGGGGAUUUGUAGAAAGUCUAGGGCUAAAUGGAUCUUCCUCACUGCCACAUAUAGCACUUUGUAAGGAAAAAAACAAUUGGGAAUUGUUUUACUUUUGCUGAGCUAACUGCUCAUAAACUCUUCUGCUCGGUUAUAUCUUGGAUCCCAGGAUCAUCAGUGGUGGAGAAAGGACCUUUCAGUAAUUCAGCAACAGAGGCUAACUCCAUGUAGGCUGAUGUUGGAUCAUGAUAACUCUCACUCUCAGGCCAAAAUUAACUACUUGGAAAUGGUUGAAUGCAGAGCAGUACCUCGAGCGGUGCUGCAUUGAGAAAGCUGGCUUGAUACGGCAUCAUGAUUCAAGCAAAGCCGAAGCAUUUUUGGAAACCCAGUACAAACAUAUAUUGGAUAAGAGCUAACGGACAUGGAAUCUCCCAAGUCAAAAUUCAGAAAUUUUGAAAUGGGGAACUUGCCAUAUCUUUUCACCUUUAAUGGAGACCAACCCAAGUUAAGUCUUUCUGUUCUUGGGUUGAAGUCACUGUCUCUGAAAAAAAAAAUGGAAAACUAAUGUUAGAGGGGUUUUUUGUUUGUUUGUUUGUUUCCUUUGUUUUUAACUUUCUAACUUGGUUGUAUUUAUAACAUGGCAAAUAAGGUGGAUGUAUUUGGCUUUAAGAAAUUCCAGUGAGAAGAUCGGAUUUCUCUCACCAUUGCCCUUCCUCUGGGGUUGAUCUGCAAAAAUUCUCCAGACUGUUUCACAAAAACUAGACAGUCAAAACCUGGGCAAUACAUAUAGUGAGAUACAAAUUAAUACAUAACAGAUGGAUACGUAACUGAAAUAAUGUUUUUUGCUAUAAUAAUGUGAUGGCAGCCCAGAGUUCUCCUUUCUGAACUGCCCUAGUAUAAUCAAAUGUGUGAAUGACCUUGGGGGACGAAGGAAAAAGAUGCUGCCUAAGAAACAACCAGGCAAAAGAAGGGGGAGAGACCCUAAGACCUUAAUGAUCAGAGGAAGAAAUUUAGGAAGGACCUGCCCUAAUUGAUCAGCCAGUUAAAAGUGAUGACAGGGAAUUUGUACCUUUAGAUUUAGAAGAUUCUUUAAUGUAACCUUACAAUAAAAUAGAAUUAGUUCAUCUAGUCCUGUUUCCUGUCUGGUUUAUCUGGGAAGGCUGAUACUUAAGAACAUGUACUCCUUCCCUUAUAAGCAUCCCUGAUCAUAGCUAGGGGGCAAAAUUACAAGAAGCUGUUUCAGGACCUUAAAAAGAGUCCAAAUAAGAAAGGAGCUGCCCUUUUAUUUUCUCAUGCCCAAUGCUGAUUUUCUCAGUUCCACUGUCCCCCUAGCCAAUGGGGGAACCCCAGGAUCAAACAAGUACAAUCAAGGAGAGAGAUUAAAGGUGAUGAAACAAAAUGUUUGCCCAUUGUCUCAAAAUGAUAAGUCAACAGGGAAGUCAUUUCUAUAAUGUUCAGGGCUAUUCCCUCAGGUAGAUGUUCUGUUGCUCAAGGAGUUCCAGUUAAUUAGCCAGAAAGAACAAACAACAAUAUGAACUUGUUGCCCUUCCUGUGUUUGAGACUACAGUUCUCAUAAUCUGUUUAGCCUUUAAUGGUGAUUGUAAGGACAUCAGGUGGGCUAUAACUAAAAGACUGUCCAGACUGCUGGCUGUGAAGGAGUCAAGGGCCUUGUCCACUCACUAUGGCUGACCCUACAAGACAGCCUUCUCCAAGCUGGAGAUGUUGAAAGUUCUACAAUACAUCUGGAUUGCAUCACUUUGAAGAGAGAUCUCAGGAAAUGCCACCACAUCUAUAAGCAAAGUUUAUAUUUUGUUGGUUGGUUUUAAGAAUGACAUAGAAUCAGUAGCCUGAAAAUAUGGUGAGAACUUCUAGUUAUAUCAGGUUGUAGACUCUACCUCUGUUCAUAACGAGUGCAGUUUUAUCCACUGGAGCUUUCUUACGCUGUAUUUCAGGCUGUGGAAAUUUCUGUCUUUGCAAUCUAAACAGACCAACUGAUCUUCAAAGCAGCUGGGAAGAAAUAAAUGGUAAUCCUCUGGAUAUCAUUAAGUGUCCUGAGCAGUCUGAACUCAUCUGCAGAAACCAGUAUAACUAUGUAGUGGUUCCAUAUAUUCCAUUUGUGAUCUGUCUUCAUUCCAAGCUUAUAUAGGAGGCUGAUGCUUUAAUUUUUUUUUUCUUUAAUUUAUAUGCCACCCUUCUCCGGAGACUCAGGGCGGAUAACAAUGCAUUAAGCAAUAGCCUUCAUACUUUUGUAUAUUUAUACAAAGUCAGCUUAUUGCCCCCACAAUCUGGGUCCUCUGGAUGCUUCUCAGGGGGAAAAAAAUCACUUGCUGUGUUACAUUUGAAAGAUCUCCCACUCCCCAAUAGUACUUACUAAAAGUUCUACCUUGUUUUUCAUUCCAUCUUUGUAGACUCUUUCUCCUUCUGUUACAAGUUGUGGAUGCUGUUUUCUUGCUCUCGUUAGAUAAGAAAUAGCCAGGGAUGAGCCAAUAAGACUGUUAUUUUGUAACAGAAAGCUGCUGGUGUUUUGUUUUGUUUUUUCAAUUGUGUUCUGGAACAAUACAUUAGGGAACUCAACCUGUGAUUGAUGGAUGGAUUUUACUGCCUUUGAGUCAGUGUUGAAUCCUGGUAAAUGCCUGGACCAGUUUCUGCAGUCAUCUUGGCAAGAUUUUCAGAACUAGCUUGCCAUUCCCAGGGCUGAGAGAGGGGGCUGGCCCAAAGUCACCCAGCUGCCUUUAUGCUUCAGGCAGGACUGGAGAGUUGGGGGAAUGAAACCAUAAAAACAAUGCUUUCUGACCCCUAACUGAAAACCUGGUGUCCAUCAAUUUAUUGUUCCUCCUUCAUUAAAAGUUGUUUCUAAAGGUGGUUCAUUCAUUCAAAGGUUCAUUGUUAUAUACAAAUUCAGAAAACAGAGUUGAAUAAACCAUGGUUAUUAACCUUUUUUUUUUAAAAUCCCACCAUAGACGAGGCACGUGUUCAAUUCACGUAUUAUUUGGUUUUGAACCUAGUAGGUUAUGUGAAUCCUGUCCCUGUAGGUUAUGUUUAACCAAGUGUGAGUUCCACUUUGAUGUGAAGCUUGAGCUUCAGAAAAAGCUAGCCAGCCUAUAUAGCUACAAAUUCACUAUAGUGUUUUACUUAGCAUAUCCAAAUGUCUGAGAAUGACCCCAAGCACAGACAGUAGGGUAAGAAAGAUGACCUUGUUGGAGAUACAUAGGAACUUGCCAUUAGCUAGGGAGAAGGGGCUGAAGCACUUUUAAAGUCCAGAACAAUUGGAUAAUAUUUGGAAGCAGCUCAGACAGAUACUCCCUAAUCCACUUCAUAUAAGAAGGGGGAGGAGAUCCAGCACAACCAGACUUGUUAUUGUUUUGUUAUAGCCAUUUCAACUAAGGUAGUUUUAGCCUUUUAGGGGAACUAAUUUCCUUGUCUGAUCUACCAAAUGGGGCCAAUUAACCAUACUAGACUCCAGAAAAAGUUAGAUCUGGAAUUAUCUUUGGUAAACCAAAUGUUGCCUGGCUAUGCCAAAUGAGGCUGAGUUAGUGUCAAGAGAACUCUACUGUGAAAAUAAAGUUGCUUAAUAAAAUGUACUAGAGGUGAAAAGACCUCAGAAUAUAUUGCAGUUUGACCGCAGUGACUUUAAAAAACAAACACACAAAAGAAAAGGAACAGUGUACUGUAUGGUAUAAUUUGAGGACAGUCAUGAUUCUGUUUCCCUCCCAGGACUGCUAUGUUUGAAGUGCAUCUUGAAUCUAGAUCAAAGAGAUUCUCGGAGACAAAGGUAACAUAGAUUAUAUCAUCAGUGCUGCUGCUCUGUCCCAUUUAUAUGUGGGAGAAAGUGUUUUAAUUAGCUAAUUCAUCAGCAAUACCCUCCAAAGAGGGUCACAUUAGCGCACAUAGGAUGAAAACAACCACUUUUAAUGUAUUCCUCAGACAAUGCUUCAAAAAGAAUCUUAAAAUUGAUUGGGAAACAAAUUUAAAUGUAUUGCUAAGCAUAGUUCUUCAUGUGUAUUUUUUCGUGGGCUACUUGCCUUUCUAAUUAUCCUAUGGGUAUAAUAAGUAUUAUGAACAAAUGAGAACUUCUACAAGCUUUGUACUUAAGUAGACAUUUAAUCCUAAUCUAUCACAAAUAUGAAAAACUUUUACAAUAUUUGGCACCUAUGAAAUGAUGCUAUUAUGUCCAAUUUUAUGCCUCUGCAAAUUAGUAUUUUUCUGAAGACUUAAUCCUCUUCUACCCAGGCUUAUUUCUGCAAAUUAGGUAAUCACAAUUCUAAAUUGUAUAUAAAUAGGUUCAGAUGUUAAAUAUAAGAUAUUAAAAUUGUUAUUGUUUCUCUCCAGGAGAUAGUUUUCCAUUAAAAAUAUGGAGUUGCUCAUUGUCUGUCUUCCUAGCAUUUUUUCAAACUAUCACACACCAGGUAGACUGUUCAUUUAGCCGUGCUAGUUAUAGUGGGUGCGCCUAGAUACCACCCACAUUAUACCAAUUCUCCGCGAGCUGCACUGGCUUCCUAUUGGUCUCUGGGUGCAUUUCAAGGUGUUGUCAUUACCUUUAAAGCCCUAUAUGGCUCAGGGCCAGGCUAUCUUCGAGACCGCCUUCUACCACAUAGCUCGCAGCGACCGGUAAGAUCCCACAAAGUCGGUCUCCUCCGGGUCCCGUCAGCUAAACAAUGUAGGCUGGCGGGCCCGUGGGGGAGGGACUUCUCUGUGGCUGCCCCGGCUCUCUGGAACCAAUUACCUCCUGAGGUCCGGACUGCCCCCACCCUAUUGGCCUUCCGCAAAGUGGUGAAAACCUGGCUCUUCCGGCAGGCCUGGGACCGUUGAUCUCAUUAUAAUGAUCUUGUGAGACCCGGCCACGAAUUGGAGUGCAUGUGUUUUAACCUUUUAAAAGUUUUUAAUGUUUUUCUUUUUAACAUUUUUAUGGGAUUGUUCGCAUUGUUUUAUUCUUUGUUGUAAGCUGCCCAGAGUCCCUUGGGAGUUGGGCGGCAUAGAAAUGCGACUAAAUAAAUAAAUAAACAAAUAAAUAAAUUGA